CUUCCUGGCAGGCACAUUUAACAAGAAGGGUUUCAAAAAAGCUUUACAUUUAAAUAAAUUGAUAAUAAAAUACUAGUGACAGUGCAUUCCCAACAUGUCAAAAAUACAAUUGCUCAAUGUGUUUCUGCGUGAGCGAUUGAUCGCGGCUGCUGUAGAGAUAUUUGGAGUAGUUGAAAAUACGAUAGUAGAGUAUCAAGAAGAAGUCUCCCGUUCGAAGGAGGAGAACAAACGGUUACAGAACAUGUUGGAUUUGGUCAUGAAACCACAAAUAAAGUUACAUAGAGCAGAACCUAGGCAUCAUGUCUCAGAAGAGGAAAUGAAGGGCCUCAGUCUGCGGGAAGAAAGUUCAGAGCCCGCACAAAGUACAGGGGAACAGGACUUCAGGACGAGACUGGUAGGAGAGCAACUGCAAGGGCCUGAGUCUCAUAGUCAUAACAUAGAGUUUGCAUUCACUCCUCCUUGUGUGAAAAGUGGGUUUGAACAGGACCCUUGGCCCUCGCACCUUUUUAAAACCCAGAUUGUGGAGGACAAUGAGAUUAAUAAUCUGUCGAGUACCCUAGUGGAACACAUUAAAACAGAACCUGAUGGAGAGGGCUACGGAGUACCAACGAGUGACCCACAGUUCCUGUUUGCAGUAAACGCACACUGUUCUGCAGCUCCGAGUGAAAACAUGAGCCCCCUGCAACGGAAAACAAAGAGAGGACGACCAUUUAGGCAUAUAGGAACACUGUCUGAAUUUAUGAAGAGACGCGCUUCAUACGAGCGAUUUCGAUGCCAUGUCUGUGGAAAGGGGUUCCCAGCCAGGAAGGGUCUGGGAGACCACAUGACGACUCAUACAGGGGAGAGACCACACAGCUGUCACCUUUGUGGGAAAGGUUUCAAAGUGAAGAGUCAUCUGAACGAGCAUAUCAGAGUUCACACAGGAGAGAAACCGUUUGUCUGCCCAGUUUGCGGGAAAGCGUUCAGGCAGGACGCUCAUAUGAAAGGGCAUUUGAGGAGGACUCACAAGGAGAACCCAUACCGAUGCCACGACUGUGGCGAAAGCUUCAGUCAGAUGGGAGAGCUGCAAGUGCAUAGGACAGUGGCCUGUGGUAAGAUUGUCCUGGGCCUUUGAAGUUACUGUCCUUUCCCUGAUGCCUUUGGUGACACAGAUGUUUUAGUCUGGCAGUCAUGAUAAGGACAAUUGAAAUGUGUUUAUUGAAGGGAAAAAGGAAGCAUAAUCUGUCCACAGAGUAAGAAAAGUUUGAGGGCGAAGCUAAAAUUCAUAAAUGGGAGGGCAUUUCUAGAAAGCAUGUAGCCUAUGUGGUUGGUUGUCUGUACAGUGCUGUGGAAAAGUAUUUGCCCCAUUUCCAAUUUUCUCUACUUCUACAUAUUUUGGAUACUGAAUGUUAUCAGAUCUUCAACCAAAAUCUGAUAUUAGAACACCCUUUCAAAUGAGUGGAUUCGGCUAUUUCAGCCACACUUGUUGCUGACAGGUGUAUAAAAAUCCCAUACUGAAGAGCCCAGUGACUUUCAACGUGGCACCGUCAUAGCUGCCCUGUAGGUGCUGUUCUUGUGAAGUGGGAACGGAGCAACAAUGGCUCAGCCGCGAAGUGGUAGACCACGCAACCUCACAGAACGGGGCCGCCCAGUGCUGAAGUGUGUAAAAAAAAAAUUGUCUGUCCUUGGUUGCAACACUCACUACUGAGUUCCAAACUGAUUCUGGGAAAAAAAACGUCAACACAAGAACCGUUCGUGGGGAGCUUCACGAAAUGGGUUUCCAUGGCCGAACAGCCGCCCACAAGCCUAAGAUCACCAUGCGCAAUGCCAAUCAUCGUCUGGAGUGGUGUAAAGCUUGCCGCCAUUGGACUCUGAAGCAGUGGAAAUGCAUUCUUUGGAGUGAUAAAUCACACUUCACCAUCUGGCAGUCGAAUGGACAAAUCUUGGUUUCGCAGAUGCCAGGAGAACGCUACCUUCCCCAAUGCAUAGUACCAGCUGUGAAGUUUGGUGUAGGAGGAAUAGUGGUCUGGAGCUGUUUUUCAUGGUUCGGACUAGGCCUCUUAGUUCCAGUGAAGGGAAAUCUCAACGCUACAGCAUCCAGUAACAUUCUAUAUGAUUCUGUGCCUCCAACUUUGCGGCAGUUUGGGGUAGGCCCUUUCCUGUUUCAGCAUGACAAUGCCCCCGUGCGCACAGCGAGGUCCAUACAGAAAUGGUUUGUCGACAUGGGGUGGAAGAACUUGACUGGCCUGCACAGAGCCCUAAACUCAACCCCAUC